AUGGCCACAACUAACCCUAAGCCGAAGGCUCUGCCCUUCUAUGCCCAAUUCACAGCAGGAGCCGUAGCAGGUGUGACCGAGCUCCUCUGUCUCUACCCCCUGGAUGUAGUCAAGACGCGUAUGCAGCUUCAGACCGCCAGUGCCGUGGGUGCAGAUCGGUACAACGGCAUGUUCGACUGUUUCAAGAAGAUCAUCGCAAACGAAGGUGCCGGAAGACUUUACCGCGGAAUCGUCCCUCCCCUCAUGCUUGAAGCUCCCAAGAGGGCAGUCAAGUUUGCUGCUAAUGACUUUUGGGCAAAGACAUACAAGAAUGCGUUUGGCACUGAGCAGAUGAGUCAGGGCCUGUCGGUCCUCACGGGCUGCACGGCAGGUGCAACGGAGAGUGUCGUGGUUGUUCCAUUUGAGCUGGUGAAGAUCAGACUGCAGGACAAGGCGCAGAGCCACUUGUACAAGGGUCCUAUGGAUGUCGUCAAUAAGAUCAUCAAGGCUGAUGGAGUCAUGGGACUCUACGCGGGUAUGGAGAGUACCUUCUGGAGGCACGUCCUUUGGAAUGGAGGUUACUUUGGAUGUAUCUUCCAGGUGCGCGGACUGCUUCCGAAAGCGCUCAACAAGGGCGAGGAACUGAGGAACAACUUCAUUUCUGGAGCCAUCGGUGGUUUCGUAGGAACGGCUAUCAACACUCCAGCGGAUGUGGUCAAGAGUAGAAUCCAGAACACGCCAAAGGUAAAGGGGACUGUGCCAAAGUACAACUGGACAUUCCCAUCCAUGGCACUCAUUGUACGCGAAGAGGGAGCCAGCGCACUUUACAAGGGAUUCACACCCAAGGUGCUUCGUCUGGCACCUGGAGGAGGUGUGCUGCUCCUGGUAGUCGAGGUCGUCCUGGAGCAAUUCCGUACCUUCCUCGGUCCUCCAUACAAGUAG